GACAUGGCCGCGGUUGGCCGGGCCCUUGCAUCGCAGGCCUUUGCAACAGCAAGUCCUGGGGUGGCGGCCUCAAGCAGGGUAGAGGACUCAAAGCAGGCACCGGAAGCGCCGCAGCAGGGUGAUAAAGCUGGCUUUGCUGGCUCUCCGACUCCAGCUGCAACAGAUGAU